CAAAACCAAGAUUGAAGAGGUUUCGUAUAGCCCCAAGCUUGGACUCCAUGCCGCUCACCGCCAUCUUCUUCCCCCUCUUCGUGCUACUGUUAGUGGCAGCACCGCCAGCUGAUGCAGUGGAGCAGAAAGCUGUCAUUUUUUUCAAUCGAAGUAAUUUCCAGUCCACGUUUGUCUUCGGGGCAGCCUCCUCAGCUUAUCAGUAUGAAGGAGCAGCUGCAGAAGGCGGUAAAGGGCCAAGUAUAUGGGAUACCUUCACCCACAUGCACCCAGAAGUGAUCGCAGAUAGAAGCAAUGGAGAUGUGGCCGUAGAUUCUUAUCAUCGUUAUAAGGAAGAUAUAAGCUUCUUGAAGUACAUGGGAAUGGACGCUUACAGGUUCUCCAUCUCUUGGCCCAGGAUUCUACCAAGUGGAAGUCUAAGUGGUGGAGUUAACAUGGAAGGCAUACGAUACUACAACAACCUCAUCAACGAUCUCAGAGCCAACGGGAUGAAGCCCUUCGUGACCCUCUUCCACUGGGAUCUUCCCCAAGAACUUGAAUCGCGAUACCAAGGCUUUCUUAGCCCAGCAAUCGUGGAUGACUACCGUGACUACGCCGAGAUCUGCUUCAAGGAGUUUGGAGACCGGGUGAAGCAUUGGAUCACAUUCAACGAACCAUGGACGUUCUGCCGGAGUGGGUAUCUCUUUGGUGUAUUUGCGCCCGGGAGGUGUUCUCCGCCGUGGGCAGCUCGUCGGUGCAGCGAGGGCGACUCAUCUCGAGAGCCUUACCUCUGUGCUCACCACCAACUGCUGGCCCAUGCAGCUGCCGUGAGGUUAUACCGAGACAAGUAUCAGGCAUCUCAGCGGGGAGAUAUAGGCAUAACGCUCAUCAGUCACUGGUUCGUGCCCUACGAGAACUCCAAGUCGGAUGCUGAUGCAGUUGCACGAGCUUUAGAUUUCAUGUUUGGAUGGUUUAUGGACCCCCUGAGUCAAGGAGACUACCCAUUCGUGAUGAGGGCGCUCGUCGGAGACCGUCUGCCGGAAUUUACAGCAAAGCAAUCUGAAAUGGUUAAGGGGUCAUUCGACUUCAUAGGACUCAACUACUAUACGACAUACUACGCCAAUAGCAGCUCUCCAACAACAGUUCGUGGAAGCAAUUCCGAUUCAUACACUUACCAAUCAGGUCAGCGUGGAAGGAUUCCUAUUGGCCUCCAGGCUGCAUCCAAUUGGAUCUAUAUUUACCCAAGAGGCAUCAGACAGCUUUUGCUAUAUGUCAAGAGCAGAUACAACGAUCCAAUCAUCUACAUCACAGAAAAUGGAGUGGACGAGGUCAACAACGCGUCAUGGCCACUCGACAAAGCCCUACAAGAUGACACGAGGAUCGAUUACCACAGGAGACAUCUAUCCUUCGUUCUCGAAGCCAUGAGUAAAGGGGCGAAGGUGAGAGGAUACUUUGCAUGGUCGUUGCUGGAUAACUUCGAGUGGAUCAGCGGAUACACUGUUCGCUUUGGAUUGGUACAUGUGGAUUACAAAGAUGGGUUGAAAAGAUACCCCAAAGCCUCCGCUCAUUGGUUCCAAGAGCUGCUUAAAAAUUAAGGAUUUCCAUAUUAAUAAUAUAUAGAUCGCUCAUAAUUUGGGAUUA